AUGCCUUUCACCGCGAGCGACAUCUGCAAGAUCAUCUUUGCUGUCAUCCUCCCGCCGCUGGGUGUCUUCCUCGAGCGCGGGUGUGGCUCCGACCUGCUAAUUAACAUCCUCUUGACUAUCCUGGGCUACCUCCCCGGUAUCGUCCACGCCUUAUGGAUUAUUUGCAGAUACUAA